GAUUGGAUCUCUCUCUCUCUCUCUCUCUCUCUCUCUCUCUCUCUCUCUCUAGUCUGCAGCUGAUGAGCUGCCUCCUUCCUUCCUCCCUUUGACCUGUGCAUCUUCUUCCAUCCUUUUUCUUCGCCUUCCUUGCUGCCUUCCUCCUUCCUCCUGCAAUCAAAAUCAAUCGUCCCACCUCCACCAUUCCUGCAUUUUUAAUUGCAAUUUCUUCUUCUUCUUCUUCUUCUUCUACUGCUGCAGCUGCAUGUUUUCCUCUAUUUAUCCAUCCAUCUCUGCAAUUGUCUCACAAUCAUCACCACCCCUCGAAUCCUCUGUAGGACUCCCACAACCCCAGAUUUGGCUCGAAGCACACCUUGGGAAUCCCUUCCUCAGGAAUGGGGAGCUGUUUUUCCACCAGCAAAGUGAGUGGUUCCAAUAGCAACGCCGCCGGGAACGUCCGCCGGCAAUCCGAGCAGCCUACAGCCUCGACUUCCACGGCAGCUCCAUCGAAUAUUCACCGUCAUAAGACGACAGGAAACAAUAGGAAUCGGCCAGAAGAGAAGCGUUCCCACCUGGUCAUCAAGAACAGUUCGAAGAGGGGGGCAGGAGUCAUUCCGUGCGGAAAGCGGACGGAUUUUGGAUAUGAUAGGGACUUCGAUAAGAGAUAUACGAUAGGGAAGUUGCUAGGGCAUGGCCAAUUUGGGUAUACAUAUGUUGCAAUCGAUAAAUCUAAUGGUGAUCGUGUUGCCGUCAAGAGAAUAGACAAGAAUAAGAUGGCUCUUCCUAUUGCUGUUGAGGAUGUAAAGCGAGAAGUCAAGAUAUUGAAAGCAUUAGCAGGACAUGUAAAUAUAGUUCAAUUCUAUAAUGCUUUUGAGGACGAUUCUUAUGUAUAUAUAGUGAUGGAGUUAUGUGAGGGUGGAGAAUUACUCGACCGUAUCUUGUCCAAAAAGGAUAGCCGUUACACAGAGAAAGAUGCUGCAAUUGUCGUGAGGCAGAUGCUAAAGGUUGCAGCAGAGUGCCAUUUACACGGUUUUGUACACCGUGAUAUGAAGCCAGAGAAUUUCCUAUUCAAGUCCACUAAAGUGGAUUCACCACUGAAGGCUACAGAUUUCGGUCUUUCGGACUUCAUAAGACCAGGGAAGAGAUUCCACGACAUUGUUGGAAGUGCUUAUUAUGUUGCUCCCGAGGUAUUAAAGCGUCGGUCUGGCCCAGAAUCAGAUGCAUGGAGUAUUGGUGUGAUUACCUACAUUUUGCUUUGUGGUCGGCGACCCUUCUGGGACAAAACUGAGGAUGGCAUAUUUAAAGAGGUUCUCAGAAACAAGCCCGAUUUCAAGCGCAAGCCCUGGCCAAACAUAAGUGACGCAGCUAAAGAUUUUGUGAAGAAAUUGUUAGUGAAAAAUCCUGCUGCAAGACUUACCGCCGCCCAGGCCUUAUCACAUCCAUGGGUUCGAGAAGGAGGUGAAGCCUCAGAGAUUCCUCUAGACAUUUCAGUUUUGUCUAACAUGAGGCAAUUUGUCAAAUACAGUCGAUUCAAGCAGUUUGCUCUUCGGGCGUUGGCCAGCACACUAGAUGAGGAGGAGCUGACUGUUCUCCGAGAUCAGUUUGAUGCCAUUGAUGUGGAUAAAAAUGGUGUUAUCAGUCUUGAAGAAAUGAGACAGGCCUUGGAGAAGGAUAUUCCUUGGAAAUUAAAGGAUUCACGUGUUCUUGAAAUCCUUCAAGCAAUUGAUAGCAACACGGAUGGACUUGUAGAUUUCUCGGAGUUCAUUGCAGCUACGCUACACGUCCAUCAGCUGGAGGAGCAUAAUUCAGCGAAAUGGCUGCAGAGAUCAAAGGCUGCUUUCGAAAAAUUCGAUGUGGAUAGAGAUGGAUUUAUAACUCCUGAAGAACUUAAAAUGCACACAGGAUUAAAGGGUUCGAUCGACCCACUUCUGGAAGAAGCGGACAUCAAUAAAGAUGGUCGGAUCAGUUUAUCAGAAUUCCGGCGACUCCUGAGAACUGCGAGCAUGGGCGGGAAUAACUCGACUGUGAAUCGAGGCGCAAUGUUGUAGCUUAAGAGGAAGGUUGAUCAAAGUUGCUUUUGUAAAUGAGACGGAAGUUGUCGAUGCCACGACCCUUGUUGAAAUGUAAAAUGUAAUUUUUAAGCUGUAAAAUAUUUUUGGAGUGUUGUUGUUAGGUGAUGAAGAAGAUGAAGUUGUGUGGUUUUUGUUGCUUGGUGUGUAUGAUGGGUACGAUUGAUCGAUAGAGAUAGCAAUGAGUUGUAAAUGGGAAGAAAUGAGAAUGAAUGAUGGUUGUAUAAUUUAAAUUUGUGAAUGAACGAAUUGUUAUUACUUGCU